ACGGCGGAGGCGGGACCUGGGGUCGGGAUUGGCUGGGUCUUGGGGGCGCGUCCGAGCAGCACCAACUUCGUGAGCUACUGCUUCGGCUUGUGGGGAUCCGCCGCAGCUGCGAGGCCGGCUCAAGGGUCUAGGGUGCGGAGUGGGAGCCGCCUGUGCAGGAGAGGGCGGGGCAAGGGGCGUCUUUCUACUGCACUUUCUCUUUGCAUUCAUGAGAUUGCCUAGCUGUGCUUUAGAGAGGCUUGCAUUAGCCCCGAGUCGGUCUGACAAGAGAGGAAAAUGAGGCCAAGAAGUGGGAGGCGUUGCCAUCUGCCGGGCCAACUUGCUAAGGCGAGGCCGUGGACCAAGCUCUGGGGCUCUGCGCUCCCAGGCCCGCUUGAGUAGGUGGGCGUGGGGAACAAGGGCGCGCCUGCUUUCUCUGCACCCCACUGUACCUCUUAGCGCUGCAGGAAGCUCCCUGGAGGAGGAGCUCGGGACGUGGAGGAGGAGCCAGGCAGCCACAGGGAGCGGGAACACAAUCCUGCAGGAUAAAAGCCAGCCCAGGAGGAACCCCUGCAGCAGGGCGAGCAGAAGGCUCCCGGAGCGGCCUUAUGGAACAGAAGCAGAUCCUGUGUGUGGGGCUGGUGGUGCUGGACAUCAUCAAUGUGGUGGACAAGUACCCAGAGGAGGACACGGACAGCAGGUGCUUGUCCCAGAGAUGGCAGCGUGGAGGCAAUGCGUCCAACUCCUGCACCAUUCUCUCCCUGCUGGGAGCCCCCUGUGCCUUCAUGGGCUCUCUGGCCCCUGGCCACGCUGCUGAUUUCCUGGUGGCUGACUUCAGGAAACGGGGUGUGGACGUGUCUCAGGUGGCCUGGCAGAGCUGGGGAGAGACCCCGUGCUCUUGCUGCAUCGUCAACAACUCCAGUGGCUCCCGUACCAUUGUGCUCUAUGACACGAACCUGCCAGAUGUGUCUGCUAUGGACUUUGAGAAGGUUGAUCUGAACCGGUUCAAGUGGAUCCACAUUGAGGGCCGGAACGCAUCGGAGCAGGUGAAGAUGCUGCAGCGGAUAGAACAGCACAAUGCCAGACAGCCUCCAGGGCAGAAUAUCCGGGUGUCUGUGGAGGUGGAGAAGACCCGAGAGGAGCUGUUCCAGCUGUUUGGCUAUGGAGACGUGGUGUUUGUCAGCAAAGAUGUGGCCAAGCACUUUGGGUUCCGGUCAGCGGCAGAGGCCCUGAAGGGCUUGUACAGUCGUGUGAGGAAAGGGGCCACGCUUGUCUGCGCCUGGGCUGAGGAGGGCGCCGAUGCCCUGGGCCCUGACGGACGGCUGCUCCACUCAGAUGCUUUCCCACCUCCCCGGGUGGUGGAUACUCUAGGGGCGGGAGACACCUUCAACGCCUCCGUCAUCUUCAGCCUGUCCCAGGGGAAGAGCAUGCAGGAGGCACUGAGGUUUGGCUGCCAGGUGGCCGGCAAGAAGUGUGGCCUGCAGGGCUUCGAUGGCAUCGUGUGAGUGCCCUGUGGCAGGAGGCCCACAUUACCGGCCUUUCCCGCUCUGUCCAGCCUGCUCUUGGGCAGAUGCAGGCCAUGGGCGGGCCCUGCCUAUGUCCUGGCCUCCCAUAUUGCGGAGCUGCAGAGCAAAUAAAUCUCCUUCCCCAGAGCCUGCUUCCUUCUGGCAGUCUGUCUGUCCUUGAUGUCCAAACAGCUCGGGCCAGGGCUGCCGGGGGCUUUGAUGCUACAGUCCUUUGCCCUUUUUCUCCAUUCCCCCAGUUCACCUCCCCACCCCCAUCCCAAGUCCAGAGGAGGGGCUGCCUAGACAGAGCAAAGUGUCCCAAGCUUGUUGCCAUCUGUACCCGUGGUGAUGGAGGCUCUGUUCAAGGAUGGUAGUGACCGAGAGCCUUUCUGACUGGGGAGGAUACUAACUCGUUGCACCCCAGGGAACCUUUCAAAUAACCACGAGUCAUGAGAAAAGCUCCUCUGGGCCCCUGUACUGCCACAAGACUCCAGUCCUGGGGCCCCAAGAGUGGCCCAGGCUGAGCCCACUUGAGAGCAGGGACAAGGAGCCUACUACUUUGUGGUUUGGUGGGGCCUUUGCAGUCCAAAAAUAUCUCCCCAGUGACUGCCCCAAAGCCCGAAAGCCUCACCCUUGGAGCUGUCUUGUAUUUAAGGUGAUGCUUCAGCCACAAAUGUGACCCCAGACACAGAUCAUUGCUAGCCUUGGGGGAGAUCAGGGCUGAGGGCAUAUUGGAGUUAGCCAGUUCCCACAGGGGAGUUGGGGCAGGGUGCGUGAGGCAACAAAAUGUGAUAAAGAGCAUGGGCUUUGGAGUCAGACCUGAACUCAAAUCUGCUGCUUCAUUAGCUGUGUCACCUUGGGUACAGUACUGAACUCAAGUGUCCUCAAUUUCCUCAUCUGUCAAAUGAAACUAAUUAUGUCUG